AUGGGCCUUUCUGAUAAUCUGUGCUCCUGUGACAAUGCCGGUAGUGAAAUAGACCAGCUUGCGGAUAAGCCGGAUCAGUCCUUGGAUAUGGUCUCACAUAGAACAGUUGACGAAUAUGCCGACAGAUCCAAGGCAAGCGAAAUCUCGCAGAGCGUUGACCGUCAAUGGAUUGCAGUUACAACCUAUCAACCCGUAGACAUUGUCACCAAAACGGUGGAAGUUCCAGUGAUUAAAACAGUCGAAAAGUUUGUACAUAAACCUGUUAUACAAGAAAAGAUCGUACAUGUACCUAGAGAAGUCACUCAAAUUGUCGAAAAGAUUGUGGAAAUCCCCGACGUAAAGUAUGUAGAAAAGAUCGUGGAAGUGCCACAAGUGCAAUACCGCAGCAAAUUUGUACCAAAAAUCGAAGUGGUUGAGAAGAUUAUUGAAAAACCCACAAUUAUUGAGAAGUGGACAGAAAAGAAAGUGGAGGUACCUCAGAUUAAGGAAGUUGUGCGCUACAAGGAGAUUGACGAAUCCGAAGAAGUUAUCAAAUACUUCCCUCAGGGCAAGGGUAAUAUUGACUGGGAAAAGGAAUGUGCAAUGCAAUCUCACAUGUUGCCGGAACAUGAUGCCAAUAAGACGACCGUCUUGUGCAGUGAUAAGAUUGGCGAAGAUGGUGUUAUGAUCUACUCCACCCCCUUUGCUAACCAGGGCACGGUGUUUCAACAAGUUUCUCAUGAAUUGGUCAGGGAUAAGGAAUCAGCACGUGCUGGUUGCAUUGGCUGUUAA